UAAGUGUGCGAGAUGCACAAUAACCCCAGUAUUUUUUUUUAACCAAUUGUAAGCCAUGUUUGUGGAAAAAUAUAAUAUUUCGGAUUAUUUCAGCGCAUUAUUUCGACGUAAUGUCUUUAAAGGCACACAUUUAUAUAGUUAAAGUCGAAACGUAUACCCCAUGUUUGUCCGAUUUGGUAUGGGCUUUCACUCGGAGGAUUAGUUCACCAGUGCUGAGUGUGGAGCGAUUUCCGUAUCGGCAUAUUAGAGCUCUGUGAGUGCAUUUGGGGUGCUGGGUGCAGUAGCGACUUGGACAACCCACUCUUUAUUUGGAGGAUCCUAGGAGCCUUUCCCCAUCGCAGAGCCUGUACAAUGACGGAAAUGUUAUGUAGUUGCUGCAGAUGCAUAUCCUGGUUUCAUUUAUGUGUAUAGUGCUUUAUCGACAUAUAAUUUAUAGCUAGCUAACGUUAAAGUGCUAGUUUGCUGCUUCUAUUAGGGAUACCUCGUGUUAGAAAAAACCUGCGUGUUUUGGCGGCGUUAGGCAACAGCUGAAGUUUGUGGAAACCUCUAAAUUGCUGUCAGAAUACAACUGAGCACUACUGCAGGAUAGCUGUGUCGGCAAUUGGAAUAUUGUUUUUGCCCUGUAACGAUCAGAAUACCAGUUUAACAGGAAAGAUAGCAUCGACCCCGGCUCUUUCGGGACAGGGGUCAGUGGAGUAACAGAAUAAAGGUUCAUCCCAAAUGUGCAAAAUGGUUUCUGCAGAAUGUAAAUGCUUAUCUGCAGUACUGGAGGCAUUGUCCAAUUGCAGUUGUUAGACAGGCCGACUGUUAGUUAUUGUGAGGGGACUAAGACGAGCUAAGCUGAGCCAAUGUCGUCACUAUGCUCACCUGAACUCUACCACGCCUAGCUCACAACGUUGUCGAUUGUGCCAGUGAGGUGUCGCGUCAUUUCAACUAAAACAAUGUGGAUAUCGACAUCACCUGCUUAACGACCCUGCCACUGUUUCUACGACAGACGUGUUAUUUGGUGCUUUUGGUGAAGGUGCAUCGUUUCAACCAUCACACCACCAUCUGUGAAGUGUUAAACUCUAGCUACAAUCUUGGAGCAUUCAGUGGAAGAUCUUCUUCGGUGAUUUGGUGGCAGUUCACCGGUGAACAACACCCUUUUCGUAACACUGAGCCUUUGACUUGGACCCGGUUUACCGACCGUUGUCCCAGAUGGAGCCUUGUGAGAGCAGCUCAACCGCCGAACUUAUGGGCCGGUAUGUACCGUCUGAGCCUGGAUUUGGCGUACCGACGGAAGGCUGGCGGAUCUGUCUGGCCCACGAGUUCAAGGAGAAGAGGAAACCGUUUCAAGCCAAAGACGUGUCGCUGUCCAACGUCAUGGAGCACAUUGGGCUGGGUGUCCGGUAUCUCAGGUGGUGGUACAAGAAGACCCAGGUGGAGAAGAAGGCCCCGUUCAUCGACAUGUUCCGCGCUCUGCCACUCCGACAGAUUUACGGGGUUCCUUUGGGUGGAUUCGGAGGAGGGACCAUUACUCGUGGGUGGAGGGGGGAGUUCUGCAGGUGGCAACUGAACCCUGGCAUGUACCAUUACAAAACUGUCAUCGCCAAUCAGUUCACGGUCUGCCUGCGUCGUGGGGGUCAGACAGUGUACCAGCAGGUGCUGUCCGUGGAGAGGCCGCCCACCCUGCAGGGCUGGAAUUGGGGCUACUGCGGAGAGUACGCCUUCUACCACGCCCUGUACCCCCGCGCCUGGACCGUGUACCACCUGCCGGGCCAGAACGUCACGCUCACCUGUCGCCAGGUGUCGCCCGUCUUCCCGCACGACUACCAGGACACCAGUCUCCCUGUGGCCGUGUUGGUGUGGGACAUCGAGAACAAGAACGACUUCGAUUUGGACGUCUCCAUUAUGUUCACCGCGACUAACGGCUCGGGCCACAAGGACGACAAGGGCGGGGGACACUGGAACGAACCAUUUCACCUGGAGAAGGAGGGGGAGGCUGUGUCUGGGGUUCUGCUUCAUCACUGCCCCCCUGUCAACCCUUACACUCUGUGCAUUGCAGCCCGUGAGCAGUCUGACAGGGAGGUCACUUACCAGACCGCGUUCAGCCCCAAGGGAACGUGUGGGUCGCUGUGGAAUGACCUCAUCUCUGAUGGACGUCUCGACUCCCCCACAGGGUCCAGCCCGCCCACUCCGAGGGGCGAGAAGGUGGCCGCCGCCCUGGCGGUGGGCUGCACCGUCCCGGCGCACGGACACAACCACGUGGAGUUCAGCCUGUCCUGGGACAUGCCCGUGAUCACCUUCGGCUCCCGCGAACGAGAGCACGUCAGGAGGUACACGCGUUUCUUUGGCAGUAAAGGAGACGCAGCGCCAUCCCUCUGUCACUACGCCCUGACACACUACAGAGACUGGGAGAGGAGGAUAGAGGACUGGCAAGGGCCCAUUCUGCAGGACAGCUCCCUGCCCUCCUGGUAUAAGUCGGCUCUGUUUAACGAGCUGUACUUUGUGGCCGAUGGCG